UGAGAAAUAAAUAUUUUUACUUUGCUAUAUAUUUCUAUAUCAGAUCGUGUCUGAGCUCUGACUAUCACGUAUCUGAUCUACGCUGAUAUAUAUCUUUGACUUUAAUAUUGUUUUUUAUAACCAUCAUGUAAAAAUGGUGUGAAAGUCAUUCAUUUGUCCACAAAAUUAAGAAUUAAGGCUGGAAAAGAGGGCCAAAGUGUAACAACAAAAAAACAAAAGGGGGUAAACUGUAACAAAAGAAAAUAAAAGGGUAAAAAGAAGAAAGAAGAGCUAGAGAACAGUCCAAGUUCGGGACAGGUCAAAAGAUUUUCCGAACCAUUGAGGAGAGAGGAGUCGUUUGUUGCCUUCGUCACUCUGCAGCCUGAACCAGACUAGUCCACGCGCGAAUAUUCAAAAGCCGUUCUAUAGAUUUCAUCUCCAAGGUCUUGGGAUUCGAUGAAUAGUGGCGAUACCUUAUCGAAGCUAGCUCUAUAUGUCUCCUCUUCCAAGGUUUUUUUCCGGCGAGCUGACGGUGAUGAUGGAGUCAUUUGUUAUUGCUGGGCCACCGUGCUCGCACUCGUCUUCAUUCUUUUCUGCCAAAUUUUCCGGAAAUUUCGAUUCUUUAGUCAUGCUUCUUCUUCUUCUUCCCCUGCCGUAUCGGUUUCUCAAUCUCUGCGCUCCAAAUCAGGAAUAUCUACGCUUGUUUCUGAUGAAGAUCUAAGAGGCCUGAUUGAAAAAUUGGGGGAAAGAAACGAGGAUGGUGAGAUUUGGGAAAAUGUUAUUCAGAAAAGCAACCCUCGCGUCUCAUACACUGCUAAAUGCUGCAAACCAAAAGACGGUGGCGCUAUGAAGUACUUAAGUACUACAGUGUUUGAGGACUGCUCGCCAGAGGCUUUGAGGGACUUUUACAUGGACAACGAAUACAGGAAACAGUGGGACAAGACUGUGGUUGAGCAUGAGCAAUUGCAGGUUGACAGUAACAGCGGAAUCGAGAUUGGUCGCACGAUCAAAAAGUUUCCUUUGUUGACACCGAGGGAGUAUGUAUUAGCUUGGAGAUUGUGGGAGGGGAAGGAUAAGUUUUAUUGCUUCAUCAAGGAAUGCGAUCACAAUAUGGUUCCGCAGCAGAGGAAGUAUGUACGUGUAAGUUACUUCAGAUCUGGUUGGCGAAUCAGGAAAGGCAGGAAUGCUUGUGAGAUCCACAUGUUUCACCAGGAAGAUGCUGGAUUAAAUGUUGAGAUGGCGAAGCUUGCUUUCUCAAGAGGCAUAUGGAGUUACGUGUGUAAGAUGGAAAAUGCACUCCGUAAAUACGUUGCAACCAGUCAUAGACCCCAAGGGCCCACUGUAUCUGCUGUAAGCUUAAUGAAAAAGAUUCCAUCAGAGUUUGAAAGUCAGACAGAUGACAUCACAAACUCCUCGGUGACUAUUACGAGUGGUCUGCACACAGGUGAAGGAGCCAAACGGAAGAAACUGUUGAGAGUCCCUUCAAAGAAACAUAUAGCAAGCGGUAUGUUACUCGUGGGCGGUGCAGUUGGUGGUGCAGUCUGCCUGUCUCGUGGUCACUCCGCCUUAGGUGCAAAGGUUGCAUUGGCUUACUUCUUGACAAAGCUGAGCAAGCGCGUUGCUCCGCCGAGUCAAACCUCCCAGAACGCUGUAUCGGCUCUUAAUGACGCAUAUAAGAGCAUGAACUCUCCAUCGAAACUCAGCGGAUGGUCUUCGAGCGGAGGCGAUCCUUGUGGUGACUCAUGGGAUGGCAUUACUUGCAAGGGCUCAUCUGUUACUGAAAUAAAAGUGUCAGGACGUGGACUCAGUGGAUCUUUAGGUUACCAGCUUGGAAACUUGAAAUCACUCACUUACCUUGAUGUAAGCAAGAACAAUCUUAACGGAAACUUACCUUAUCAGCUUCCUGAGAAUCUUGUUUAUCUAGAUGGCUCUGAGAAUGACUUCAACGGCAAUGUGCCAUACUCGGUAUCUCUCAUGAACGACCUCAAUUACCUAAACCUUGGUCGUAACAACCUAAAUGGUGAACUAAGCGACAUGUUUCAAAAGCUACCAAAACUUGAAACAAUUGAUCUGUCUUCCAAUCAACUCACAGGAAGGCUACCCCAGAGCUUUGCCAAUCUAACAGGCCUUAAAACACUGAAUUUGCAAGAAAACCAAUUCAAAGGCUCUAUAAAUGCACUCAGAGACCUCCCUCAAAUCGAUGAUGUAAACGUCGCAAACAAUCAGUUUACUGGUUGGAUCCCAAACGAGCUGAAGAACAUUGGAAACCUUGAAACUGGAGGAAACAAGUGGUCAAGCGGUAGAGCACCGUCACCACCUCCAGGGACACGUCACGUAGACAGAGGCUCGGGAGGCGGUGGAGGAAGCAGCAAGGCUCUGACCACCGGACUUAUAGUAGCGGUGUCUACUAUAGGUGGACUCAUUUUUAUUGCAGGACUCAUUGCACUGCUUUGCCGAAGGAAAAACUCUCACCAUUCUUCUCACUUUUUCGACGAAGAGAAAGGAGGAACCAACAAGAGCAAACCGCUCUUCACACCACAGUCCUCUCAGAUGCUUCAGUUCGACUCUAUGGAUGACUUCAGAGGCCAAAAGACAGUUGACUCUAAUGCUUCAAUUGACACAAAGAUGACAGUUGAUUCUAAUGCUUCUGUGAAAAGAACUUCCUCUGUCAGUUUCAAGAACUCUCCUACUUUUCAUCUCAUACCUGCUAUCCAAAGGGUUGCAACACCUGACCGUUUCUCUAGCCCUGAAGACUCUCCUGAAACACGCGGUGUGAAAGCCUUUACCCUCACGGAUUUGCAGAACUCUGCUUCUGGUUUCUCCCCGAACCGCCUUAUUGGUGAAGGAACCAUUGGACGUGUUUACAAAGCUAAAUAUGAGGAUGGAAAGAAAUUUGCAGUGAAAGAGAUCGAUUCUUCGCUGUUAGGAAAAGGAAAUACAGAAGAGUUUUCACACAUUGUUUCGAGUAUCUCGAGCAUUCACCACCCGAAUAUGGCUGAACUCAGGGGCUAUUGUUCAGAACAAGGAAGGAACAUGCUUGUUUAUGAGUAUUUCACAAGUGGAUCACUUAACAGGUUUCUUCACCAGUCUGAUGAUUUCAGCAAACCAUUAACUUGGAACACCAGAAUCAAAAUCGCUCUAGGAACUGCUCAAGCCAUAGAGUACCUUCAUGAAGUUUGUUCGCCUCCUUUAGUUCACAAGAACAUCAAGUCAUCCAACAUUCUGCUCGACAGUGAGCUAAAUCCUCACCUCUCAGACUAUGGCUUGGCAAACUUUCACCAUCGCACAAGUCAGAAUCUUGGAGUUGGAUACAAUGCCCCAGAAUGCACAGAUCCCUCUGCUUACACACUAAAGAGCGAUGUCUACAGCUUUGGUGUGGUGAUGCUGGAGCUGCUUACCGGUCGAACGCCUUAUGACAGUGAUAGGCCGAAAGCAGAACAGUCUCUAGUUCGUUGGGCAAAGCCGCAGCUUAAAGACAUGGCUACACUGGAAGAAAUGGUGGAUCCUGCGUUGUGUGGACUCUACGCUCCAGAAUCUGUCUCGGCAUUCGCGGAUGUAGUUUCAAUCUGCGUAAUGACGGAGCCUGGACUUCGACCUCCAGUGUCAAAUGUGGUGGAGGCACUGAAGAAGCUAGUGUAGUCUAGUGCCUAAGGUUGUGUUGAUGCCCUGGAGAACAAAGAAGAAGAAGAAGAAGAAUAACUCUUUUGGAGGUUGAGGCUAAAACUUGAGAAACUUCUGAUCAAGCUCGAGUAGGAACUCAACAAGCUAUUGGAUUCAGGUUUGUAUAGAGAGAUAGGUGGUAAAGAUGGUGAAGGAAAAGUGAGACAGAGAUUCUAUUAUUUGAGUUUUUGUUUCAGAUCAUGUUUUAACAGUUUAGAUUAAAUCUUUAUACAUUGAGAAAAUGGAAGAAAACUCGUAGUAUCAUAGAACAAUACAAAUGACAUAUACAACAGCUUCU